AAUUGAUUUCUAAGUACCCUGGAUUUCCUGUCAAUCUCGCGUGUCUUUUAACACCUAUCUUCGUUUGUUCUCUACACAAAUCUUCGAGUGUUCAGUUUGAGUGCAAACAUGACUGAAAACGACACUUUCGUUUGCUCUUUCUUUCCUGUUGACGCUCUUUGCAAAUGACUAUAAUACUGGUACGAUGAUAUCGCCUGUACUUUUAGAUGUUUCAAAAAUUUCAAUUAAUUUCAUUCGCUUCAAAACUUUUCGUAAUAAACCUUCAUAUAAAAUCUGAUUAUUUUAACACACAUAAGUAUUAUAAACGACCAUUUUGAUAAAUCCAGUCCUUAAAGAAACAAUAAAUUUAAUAUAACAGAGAGAUAUUAUUUUAGCCGCAUUAAAUUUUAUUUGUCGGAGACUAAACUAGAAGAAGAAAGGCGGAAUGCAUAGACUUUUAGUGUACACGUCUCAUAGGGGUUUAACUGAUCGCAAAGUUCCUGACGAGUGAUGUGUAGCAAAUUUGAAGACGGGCCCAGAGCAUCGUACGCUGUACCCCCCGGGGUCCAAUCUAAAUCAAUGGGCUUGUGGGUAAUCGCAUAAUAAUUACUAGAACCCCCUCUACCGUCCAUCUGUCGCUAGCCAAGGGGUGUUCAACCCCUACAAGUGGCAGUGUGCAAUGUCACGGCAACAUAGACGAUCAGAGUGUCUCAGCAGGUCCUAUUGUUGUUGACCAUUGUAAAAAAUAUCACGCAGUGUCACAUAUUUCCUCGGUUUUCGCGCGUUGUUUAAAAUUUUUGUCGAAUGCAUAACACAUAUAUACUAGCAAUUUAAGGAAAUAGUGCAUUACACAUAAUUACAAACAAAUGAUACCUACAAUUCUGAUCGGUUUAUUCGUCGGAUUUUGUGAUGGUUUACGUGGACCUCAUCAUCCACGAAGUCCUGUCUCUCAUCACCAUUAUGUCCCCCAGAAAGAUGUUAAAAUAACGCAAGAUGCACAACUACUACAGGAUGCUACCCACUUAAAAGAAGACAUAGGAUCAAUGGCGGAUCAAUUGGACUUUUCGAACAUGACUGAACAAGAAAUCGAAUUCCAUUACUUCAAAGUUCACGAUAUCGACAAUAACGCUAAAUUGGAUGGAUUAGAAAUUCUCUAUGCGAUUCAACAUACGUUUCACGAGAACAGACUCGCCAAUGCUGAACGUGAAAGUUCGAGUGAAAAUACCAGAACCAUGGAUUACGAAGAUGAUUUGCCUUGGAUCAUAGAACUUGUAGACAGAGUACUGAGAGAAGAUGACUUAGAUCAUGAUGGAUACCUUGGAUAUAUUGAGUAUGUACUUGGAAGACAAAGAGAUCACAUUGCUCAAGCAAAACGGAAUAACAAAUUGGAGAAUUAAAAGCACAUCUAGUACAACGCCUUUGGCCGAUGAAAUAAUUAAUAGAAUCCUGUAUAACAUAUAAAUUUAUGUCAAAAACAUACGAAAAACAAGACCUUUUGUUUCUUUCUAAUUAAUUGAUUUGUAACAAUUGUCUUCAACUAAAAUGUACAAAAACUGUAAUUUUUAAUACAAUCCAUUUUAAUCUGCAAAA